UGCUGCCAGGCGGGCGCUCCCGUGCCGUUUAGGUUCGGUUGGAGGACGGCGCCAGCCCGUUUGAGGUGACACGGAGGGAGGUUCUCCAGCCCCGGGAGUGGCGUCCCCACAGCCCUCAGCUCCCUGACUUUUCCUUCACACUCGCACUAAACUCUCUCACACAGCGGGUAUUCCCGGCCCUCGAACCCGCCUCUCCUUCCUGGUUUGUACACUUUUCCUGAGCUUCCCCGACCCCGACAUCCCUCUCCAAGGGAAGCCUUUUGAGAAAUCUUCGAGGAGUAGUGGACCAGAGGCGAGGAGAGUUUGAAAGCUGGGGCUCGAGAGACAGGAAGGUACGAUGGCUUCCUCGUCUGGCAACGAUGAUGAUCUCACUAUUCCCAGAGCUGCUAUAAAUAAGAUGAUCAAAGAGACCCUCCCUAAUGUCCGGGUGGCCAACGAGGCCCGGGAGCUGGUGGUGAACUGCUGCACUGAAUUCAUUCACCUUAUAUCUUCUGAAGCCAAUGAGAUCUGCAACAAGUCCGAGAAGAAGACCAUUUCACCAGAGCAUGUCAUACAAGCACUGGAAAGUUUAGGCUUUGGCUCUUACAUCAGUGAAGUAAAAGAAGUCUUACAAGAAUGCAAGACAGUAGCAUUAAAAAGAAGAAAGGCCAGUUCUCGUUUGGAGAACCUUGGCAUUCCUGAAGAAGAAUUAUUGAGACAGCAACAGGAAUUAUUUGCAAAAGCUAGACAGCAACAAGCAGAAUUGGCCCAACAGGAAUGGCUUCAAAUGCAGCAAGCUGCCCAACAAGCCCAGCUUGCUGCUGCCUCAGCCAGCGCAUCCAAUCAGGCAGGAUCUUCUCAAGAUGAAGAAGAUGAUGAUGAUAUCUGAAACUCGCCAUCUGGGCUUCUGUUUCCUCUAUAAGAAAGGAGUGAAAGAAAUGCUUAUCAGUAAUUUUGUAUGCAUUUUGGUGGACUCACCAUGGGUAUUCUAGAGAUGUCUGCUGUCAGGUUUCAACUACUGUGCUGUUCAUGUAAAACUGUCUCUUUGAACUAUUGAAAAUUUAAAAGUUCAGUAUAAUAUCAGCUUUGAAUUUGUAAUGGUGUUUCUGGAAUCUUAGAGCAGUGUGAACCCUUUAUUUGGUCAAUAAACAGUGUUACAGAAAACUUCAGGUUUAUAAAAAUACAGUGAAAUUUACAGAGAUCUCUUAAUCUGUAUUUGUAUUUUCUCUGCCCUUUUCACUGAACUAAAGUUGAGAAUUUUACAUUGAGAUGGGCCACAGUGUGAUGCAGAAUACAUUGAAUCAGGUUGGUGAAAAAAGUUCAGUUCUAUAUAGUAUCUAAAUUUCUUUGCCUUUUAAAGUGAGUAUAUAUGUAGGUGACAAUUUUAUGUUCAGAUAAAUAUACUUGUCUAGAGAAAAUCUCAAGACAUUCAAUAACUAGAAAGGAAAUGUAUUCACUAGUAGUUGUAUAAAUUUGGUGAGUUACGUUUUUGAUUUUGUUGCUGUUUUGUGUAGCGGUAAAGACUAGUUUUGUUAUAGUAUAAUUUAUCCCGAACUACACUAUGCCGUUUCAGAGACAGGCUAAUUUUGAAGAUUAUCAUGAUUCUUCCUAUUUGACUCCAGUUCAGUAACUGUUCAUAGUAUUACUUGCCUAGUCCAUUCAUGUUUCUAUCAUUUGAUAUAUAGGUUGGACUUGUGAAACAGUUGCUUGGGUUCCGUUGGUUUAGCUGAGGCUCAUGGAUAUUCAAACCUUUGCUAGGGGAAAUGAAUGAAAGCUAAUGAACAUGUUUGCUAUGAAAGAGGGCUUUAAAAAUUAUUUGACAUGUAGCUUACUUACUGUUUGGUUUUAGCAUAGCAUUUACAUUUUCUUGACUAGGUGUACUAAAGAGUCCUGUGCUAACUUUUCAUAUAGCAUUGUCCCCGUCAUAAAUUGAGUGACAGCUUUAAAGUUUUGUGUUUGCUGAAAAAGUGUCAUAACUGACCAGCCCUGUGUGAAGUGUUAACUUGCUUGUUAAAGGGAGCAGCUUUAAUCUGGUCUCAGUAAGGGUGUGGUGUUGAUGGGAGGACCCAGUGUAUUUGGAGGAAUGGCAUAGUGCUUGUAUUUUGGAAACAGAAAAAUGCCACCUAAGACAAUGGGAAGUCACUAGUUCCUGAGUCAGCUGCCAAGUUGCGUAAAUUUCUGUAUUCAUCAAGCCCCAAAAGAGAUUCUAGCUGCCAGGAUUUCAGUUUUAAUUGGAGAGCUAAGUGAAGUUUAAAAGUAUUAGAUUUCUUAUAUUCAUAUUUUUCAGUUUUAGAAGAAGGGAAAUAUUGUUAUGCAUUUAUCAGAUAUACUUCCCUGUAUAACAGAAAGGGUAGUAAAAGGGUAGUAAUUUUGCUGAAUGUUUAUGUUGAUGUUAUUUCAAGGUAUUUCAUGGAUAUGCCCAUGAAGUAUUUGGAAAAAAAUAGAAGGAAUUGUUUUUUUCAAAAAGGUUAAGUACCAAAGGUAGGUAGUUUAGUCUACAGAAAUAAGUUAGUCACUUUGGGCUUUUCUUCUUUGUACUGUAACAUUCUUUUACUUUGUUCAAAGUAUGUUUCUCAAGUAAACAACUAUUUAGAUAUUUUCCAUCCUUUUUCUUGCUGAUGCAGAGUUCAGGUUAAUAUCUUACUGCAUCUGACAAUGUAUUAUAUGUUUGAAGCCUAGUGACUUUUCAUUUGAGGUUCUUGUGAUUUCUUAUGCUGUAUUCUUCAAGCAAUAAAAUUCUGAUGUGUUUUGUAAA